AUGCACCAGUACAGACUGGGGGUGAUCCUGCUGGAAUACAGCUCCAUGGAGAAAGACCUGGGAGUCCUGGUGGAUUUCAAGUUCUCCAUGAGACAGCAAUGUCCCCUUGUGGCCAAGAGGGUCAAUGGGAUCCAGGGGUGCAUUGAGAGGAGCGUGUCCAUUGCUUCAAGCUCUGGAAAUCUUGGAAGCAGCAAGAGGCAGCAAGAUGUGGUGAGGUUUCUGGAAGCCAAUCGCAUCGAGUUUGAAGAAGUGGAUAUCACAAUGUCAGAGGAGAAAAGACAAUGGAUGUACAGAAACAUUCCUGAGGACAAACAGCCUGCAGAAGGCAACCCACUGCCACCCCAGAUAUUCAGUGAUGAUCGGUACUGUGGAGAUUACGAUAGCUUCUUCGAAUCAAAGGAGAGCAACACUGUCUUCUCCUUUCUCAGACUGAAACCUACUUUGGCAUCAAAGAUGUGGAAUGUGGAGGUGCCUCAAAGACAGUGA